GUAAGCACAUUAAACAUUAAAAAACUACAACAAAUAGGUUAUACUUGUGAAAUUUCAUAUAAUAAUACAUUAAUUUGUUAAAAAAUUUUUGUUUGUACAACUGCUCACAUUAGAUACAAUGGCUCUUCGAGUUCAAUUUGAAAAUAAUAAUGAAAUAGGUGUCUUUGCAAAAUUAACCAACGCAUACUGUCUUGUCGGUAUAGGAGGUUCAGAGAAUUUUUACAGCGUAUUUGAAGACGAAUUGUCACAAACAAUCCCUGUGGUUCAUGCAGCAUUAGCAGGAUGUAGGAUAAUUGGUAGAAUGUGUGUUGGAAAUAAAAAUGGUCUUUUAGUACCAAAUUCAACACUAGAUACAGAAUUACAACACUUAAGAAAUGCCCUUCCCGAAUCUGUAAAAGUCGAGAGAAUUGAAGAAAGGUUGUCUGCUUUAGGCAAUGUAAUUGCAUGUAACGAUUAUGUAGCUUUAGUUCAUCCUGAUUUAGAUAAAGAAACAGAAGAAAUAAUUGCAGACACGUUACAAGUUGAAGUAUUCAGACAAACAAUUGCAAAUAAUGUUUUGGUUGGAUCAUAUUGUGUUUUGAGCAAUUUAGGAGGUCUUGUACAUCCAAAUACCAGCAUUACAUACCUUGAAGAAUUGUCUUCUUUGUUACAAGUGCCUCUUGCAGCUGGAACUGUUAACAGAGGGAGUGAAGUAAUAGGAGCUGGGAUGGUUGUUAAUGAUUGGAGUGCUUUUACAGGACUGGAUACAACAUCUACUGAAUUGACAGUAAUUGAGUCUGUAUUUAGAUUGAAUGAAUCGGCCCCUUCAAAUAUCACAACAUCUAUGAGAGCAAGUCUUAUAGAAAGCAUGUCAUAAAAUCGAUUACUAUUCAUUGACCCUGGAAGAAAAGUAAAAGAAGACAACUGUUAAUUAUAUUUUUCUAGUUUUAAUUUAAAAAACAACCAUUUUAAUUACUUAAUUGGUCAAAUAGAAAAUGUAUGCAUUGUAUCUCCAUCACCUAAUAAAUCAAUAUUUUUAAGCAUGAGCAUUCUAGUAAAGUAAUAUGGCUAUCUUUACAUAUGUUCCCAUAAAAACACUGUAUUGUUUUGUUGAAAAUAAACUUUUUUAUGAAACUUUAA